AUGAAUCCAAGUAAAAAGGUGGAGGACGGAUUAAAAGAGGAAACAGGUGACAAUGACAAGAUGAGACAGAUGGAGGAGACUAUUCAGAGGUUGACCAAGGACCUCCAUGACAUGCAGUCCACCAUGACGGGCAUGAACCUGAGGUUCCAAGAUGGAACUAGGAGGCCAGGCCUGAACGGAGACAGGACCCCUGCAGACGCAGCCAAGCCCAUGAAAGAGACCAUCCACAACAUUCAGACCAAACUUGACCAACUGGACAAUCGGGGGGUUGUCCACGACCAGACCCUGCUGUCAAUCAACAACCACUUGGUCAACGGUGACAGAGGUUCCCGCGGCAAUGAGCUAGACGGAGCAGUCACAGGCAAGAUGGACGCCAUGAAGGAGGAGAUCCUCCGCGAGCUGGAGAGGAGGGUCAGUCUGUCGUGCUCCUCCUGCCAGAGCGGGGUGGAGGACAUGAGGAAGCAGCAGAGGAGUGACCAGGAGAAGAUCAGUGGUCUGGAGAAGUUGCUGAGCUCUAUGGAGCAACACUAUCGCCACAACAUGGACGUCACCCGGAGGGAGAUGGAACGUACACAGGGCUGCUGCAACAGCGUCACGGAGAUGGACAGGAGGCUGACCACCGCGGAGGGGAAGUUUAACGCCACAGCACAGGGCUAUGAUGUCAUUAAAGAGCGCCUGGACAAGGAGCUGGGUGGGGGGUCGGGUGGAGGAGGAGGAGGUGAGAAAGGAGGGAGGACGAAGGUGACGGAGGAGAAGCUGAACAGUAGACUGAGGGAGGUGGAGAGGAGGCUGAACAACACGGUGAGGAAGACAGAGCAGAAGUUCACCAACACAGGAAACAACAUGAAGGACAACCUGCAGAGAGAGGUCACCACCAUCCGUAACAUAGUCCUCAGCCACAUGGAUGACCACGGCUACAGGAUAGGCAAGGUGGAGCUGGACCUCACAGUCCUGACGGACACGGUUACCGACCACAGCCGACGACUGGGUCAACUAGAGAACACGACAAACUUUAUCGACACCAGACUGUCGAGGACAGUGGACAUAUGCUCCGAGACCUGCGCCCCAACGGGAAAGGCCGUGACAGAAGACAUGGUCAAGACCCUGGAGUGGAGAGUAGUGGCCAACAAGGAGGAUAUCCAGAAGUUUGAUACCAGACUCAAGGACCUGUCGCUGACUGGCGACUCUAUCAUAGACCGAGUGUGGAUCUCAGCAACGACGUUAAGAAGAUCAAAGGAUUGACUGGGAGGGGACGGCGAGCGCUUCAACCAGAUAGUCACGGAGGUGGAGACGCUGGGGCGGAGCGUGGACGACUGCUCCCUCUGUAGCACUGUAGAACAAGACCUGCAGUCGUUCACCAACAGCACCAACAGCGCCAUCUGGAGGUGCCAAGCGGAACUGACCAACCUACGCAACAGGUUUGACUCUGAGGACUCCUCUUGUUCCCAGCUGUGCUCCAACCUGCAGGAGGAGGUGSGGAGGCUGAAGGAGGAAGUGGAGGAGUGUACAGGGAAGUGUAAGACCGGCCUGACGGACCUAAAGAAAAACCUGGACGGACAUACGACCCUCCACGGACGGUUGGGAACGGACCUGAAAUCCAUCCAGGGGGAACUAUCCAAGUUCACCAUCAGGUUUACUACCCUGAAUGACUCUGUGAAGGGGCUAGGUCAUACGGUCCAGAGGCAUGGCAACACCAUCACAGAGCUGGGCUCUACCAAGGAUAACAUCAUGUCUGAGUUGGACCAUGUGCAGACAGAGCUGGACGAGCACGUCAAGGACACCAGGGGGCGCUUCACUGACCUGGGUCGUGAGAUAAAGACCAUCACCAGUAAAUACGUGACGGAGAUUGGGGAUUGUCGGCGAUCCGGGGAUGGGCUGGACAAGAGGCUGUCCAAGAUGGAGGAGGUCUGUGGCCGGCUGGAUGGUGUCUCCAACAGCCUGGCCAAGAUCAAGGAGGGGCUGAACAGACACGUGUCAGGGCUGUGGAACUGUGUCAACACGCUCAACUCUACGGUCAUCUUCCACGACAAGUCCAUCGACAACAUCCAGCACGUCCAGCUUCCAGACGUUCACUCUGACAUCAACAGGCUCAACACCUCUGUCCUCAACGUCCUCGAGGACUUCCACAGCUUUAAACAACAGGACUUUGUCGGUUCCCCUGGUCUGCCCGGUCCGAGGGGAGAGAGGGGCUACUCUGGACUCCCAGGGCCAAAGGGACCCCAAGGAAGAGAAGGGCCCCAAGGCAAACCUGGCAAGGAGGGGCCCCUGGGACCUCCAGGUCUGAGAGGUGAAGAAGGUCCAGCAGGAUCAGAUGCCCAUGUUCCUCGUCUGUCCUUCUCAGCAGCUCUGACCCGCCCUCAGGCCAGGGCUGGAACCAUAGUCUUCAACAAGAUCUUUGUCAAUGAGAAGGAUGUCUAUAACCCAGGCACAGGUUACUUCACAGCCCCAGUGAGUGGUAAAUACUUCUUCAGCGCUACCCUGACAGGCCAUAAGAAUGUGAAGAUUGAGGCUGUCCUAUCUAAGUCUAACUACGGCGUGGCGCGUGGCGACUCUGCAGGCUACCAACCAGAGGGACUGGAGAAACCCAUGGCAGAGGCCAGACACACACCUGGAGCCCUGGCUGUCUUCAACAUCGUCCUCCCUAUGAAGGCGGGAGAUACCAAUCAAACCGGCAAGAGAGAUACCUUCAUGAAUGAAUCAAACCGCCAAGAGAGAUACCUUCGUGAAUGAAUCAAACCGGCAAGAGAGAUACCUUCAUGAAUGAAAUAGAAGAAAGAAAGAUAUACUUUUAUCAAUCCAUCCAUUUGAUGAUUUGUCUUUUGUGUUUCACAGCUCGGAGCAAACAGGAAUCCCACUGGGCACAGAUGUCGAUUCAAAGUCUAUUCCACGUUGGUUCAAUGUAAUUACAUUGAAAUGACGUGGAAAUAACCGUCGUGUUCCCAGUGGGAUUAAAAAUCAUUUCUUUGACAUUCAUUUCCUUUUGAAAGAGAUGCCACUGCAGGGUUUUACAUGUUAUAUUAUUUUAAUAGUUUGUUCGGGCACUAUCAACUUUAAUGUUUCACUUAUUUUUAUAAGCUGGCCUUGAGGUCUCACACAUAUUCUUUAACGUCAAAGCAAACUAUAGUAUAUUUUUGAAAGGAUCACAAAAUAAUGCUAAGUAUUUUUGUUCCAUGUAGACUGAUACACCCACAAAUAUGACUGGGAUGGGUUGUUGUUCUAGAAUCUGUUUAUUGCACACAUUCUAUGUCAAAGUGGUUCUGAAGUAUUUUGUAUAUUCAGUCUAAAUUACUCACACUAUCUAUUUCACGUGUGCAAACAGAUUGAAGAGAAAUGCAACAAUGAGCACAUUUUCCUCAAGUA